UCUGCAGGUGUGGUGCUUGCGCCGCCGCCGCCAUGGGGUCUGAGGACCACGGCGCCCAGAACCCCAGUUGUAAGAUCAUGACGUUCCGCCCCACCAUGGAAGAGUUCAAGGAUUUCAACAAAUACGUGGCCUACAUAGAGUCGCAGGGAGCCCACCGGGCGGGCCUGGCCAAGAUCAUUCCCCCGAAGGAGUGGAAGCCUCGGCAGACGUAUGACGACAUCGACGAUGUGGUGAUCCCGGCACCCAUCCAGCAGGUGGUCACGGGGCAGUCGGGCCUGUUCACGCAGUACAACAUCCAGAAGAAGGCCAUGACAGUGGGGGAGUACCGCCGCCUGGCCAACAGUGAGAAGUACUGUACCCCGCGGCACCAGGACUUCGACGACCUGGAGCGCAAGUACUGGAAGAACCUCACCUUUGUGUCCCCCAUCUACGGGGCCGACAUCAGCGGCUCCCUGUACGACGAUGACGUGGCCCAGUGGAACAUCGGGAGCCUGCGGACCAUCCUGGACAUGGUGGAGCGCGAGUGCGGCACCAUCAUCGAGGGCGUGAACACGCCCUACCUGUACUUCGGCAUGUGGAAGACCACCUUCGCCUGGCACACAGAGGACAUGGACCUCUACAGCAUCAACUACCUGCACUUCGGGGAGCCCAAGUCCUGGUACGCCAUCCCUCCGGAGCACGGCAAGCGCCUGGAGCGGCUGGCCAUCGGCUUCUUCCCUGGGAGUUCGCAGGGCUGCGACGCCUUCCUGCGGCACAAGAUGACCCUCAUCUCGCCCAUCAUCCUGAAGAAGUACGGGAUCCCCUUCAGCCGGAUCACACAGGAGGCCGGGGAGUUCAUGAUCACGUUUCCCUACGGCUACCACGCCGGCUUCAACCAUGGCUUCAACUGUGCCGAGUCCACCAACUUCGCCACCCUGCGGUGGAUCGAUUACGGCAAAGUGGCCACUCAGUGCACGUGCCGCAAGGACAUGGUGAAGAUCUCCAUGGACGUGUUCGUGCGCAUCCUGCAGCCUGAGCGCUACGAGCUGUGGAAACAGGGCAAGGACUUCACCGUGCUGGACCACACGCGGCCCACGGCCCUCACCAGCCCCGAGCUCAGUUCCUGGAGCGCCUCACGGGCCUCGCUCAAGGCCAAGCUGCUCCGCAGACAAAUUAGUCUGAAGGAAAACAGACACUGGAAAAAGGCUGAGGAGGAGAGAAAGCCCAGUCUAGAGAGGAAGAAAGAGCAGACCAAAAAGCCGGGGCUGGCGUCCCACCGGAAGCGGAGCCAGCCCAGGAAGCCCAAGCCUGAAGACCCCAGGUCCCUGGGGGAGGGGGCGGCCGGCAUGGCCCUCCUGGAGGAGGCCGGGGGCAGCAUGAAGGAGGAGGCUGGGCCCGAGGCUGACCCCGAGGAGGAGGAGGAUGAGCUACCGCCGCCAGGCCGGGAGGCUGAGGGCACGGAAGAGGAUGGGAGAGUCAAGCCACGGCCCCCCAAGACCAAGAGCGACCGCAAGAAGAAGAGCCACGGCCCGCUGCCCCCAGCACUGCCGCCCCUGGCUGCCGCCUGUGCUGAGGAGGCCUUGAGGCUGCCGGCCCAGCUGGAGCUCCCCACACCAGGCUCUGGCCCCGCGGCCGCUGAGGAGAGCCCCCCGCUGGCACCCCUCAACGUGGUGCUCCCCGAGGGGCCCGGUGCGGAGCCGGAGGCCAAGCUGCGUCCCAUCAUCCCCAUGCUGUACGUGCUGCCGCGGCCGGGCACAGCGGCGCUGCCCCCAGAGCACGCAGUGUAUGGUCCCCCAGAAGCGUCCCCGUUCUCCGGGGAGGAGGACAUGAAUGACCCCGAGGCCCUGAGGUCCCUGCUGUCCCUGCAGUGGAAGAACCGUGCAGCCAGCUUCCAGGCUGAGAGGAGGUUCAACGCGGUGGCUGCACUCACGGAGCCCUACUGCGCCAUCUGCACGCUCUUCUACCCUUACAGCCAGGCCCUGCAGAUGGAGAAGGAGGUGCCCCAGGUCUCCCUUGGGGAGGGCUCUGCAGCAGCACCACCUUCCAAGAGCGGCCAGAAGACGCGGCCGCUG